AUGAGUCAGAUGCCAACUCCAUGGAGCUCACAAUACUUAUGCGCAUGGAAAGAAGCCUCCAACAACACGCAGAGCUUAAUAGAAGGCACUAGACAUUAG